UCUACUGGUUACCUCGUGUUUAACGUCACAUUGCAAUGAAUUGUGGGUAAUUCCCUUGGGCAACGUCUGCCUCUAAUGCUGAUUUACUUAAUUCUAACCCUAACCCACCGAAAGGCAACACAAACUAUUACAGUCUGCAUUGGACGUUUUAUUUCCGUAAUCUUGACUUUCAGGUAACUAUGACUACUUGUUUAACCCAUUCAAACGCGAUUAAACUGCUGGCUAACCUUACGAUACGGUUAAAUACGCUUAAUAGUGGGGUUAUAUACAUGUCUAGAGUUAUGUCUGCAAAUCUCAGCGAAGGAGAGGCGAUAUGCCUCUCGGCACCUACUGCCUGUCAAGCAUUACUCAGGGCACACAAUCCUUGUACACCAGGAAGCGGAUGUUGUUGACGUUUUUAUCGCUACGGCAUCCGUUUUUUUUUUAAGGCAGGCUAGCUUGGCGAAACAACAGUUUACAGGUAGAUUUGACCACUCUAUAACCUAACGGACAGAAAAGAUCGCUCUGUCAGGUCUGCUGCCCAACAAUGGACGCGGGUUUUGUUGACUUUCUUGUGUUAUUGGUCCGUCUGUUUGUUCUCGCCCGCUAAGCUAGUUAGCCAAGCUGGCUAACUGGCUUAAUAAACCCCGACAAGUGUUGGGCUGCUUGUUUUGAGUGGCUGACGAAAGACAAAUGUCUAGAGGAGAAAAUAAUUAACUCACAUCUAAUAAGGUUUUACAGUCGACACAUGAGAGAGAUAACGGAAGGUAGUAUGAACAGGAGUUUUCAAGAGCUGUUGGUUUGAUUUAUGGUUUAUUUGGCUGCAGAUUGUGUGGAGUAAGUGAACGAUUUGUGGAUUGGGAUUGUAAACAGAAAUAAGACUUGGAUUGUUAUUUCGGUGUUUGUUGCUUGGGUUUACAGUGAGUCGUAACUGUGUCGUGAUAACGGAAAAGGCGAGACGUUUCUUUGAUCGCUGCUGCGUGAAGACUACAUCUAUAAAAUACCUUUUAAUGUUAUUUACAUCAUUAGAUCGCAGGAUUCAUUUGAUUUGUGCGGGUUUGCUCUGUGGCAGACUCACAUAUAACGUUAUCAUUUUGCUUGUCAACGUGUCACACCUGCGUACAGUAUGUCCGGGUCACCGUUUGGAAAAAUAAACAGGUGUGACUUACCAACUGUGCACUACAGCUAGUGCCCGGUCCGUCUCUAUCAGUUACACGUCGAUAUCUGUUUACUUGAUAUAACAACAUUCCUAGGAAUCUUUUCAUUUGAUUGCAGUUUUGCACUGUAAGUGCACACAUGAAGGCGCACAUUGUACAUAGUCGGUCAUUAACUUGUAGUCUUGUUUUUGGCGUUUGCUGAGAAACAGAUCAGCAACAAACUAGCAUGAUUACAUGAAGCUUUCUGUACAUAUUAAUGAUUAAAUGGUACAUCUUAGGCCAAGCCAAACAAAGUGCUUUAACAUGAUCCCAGAUGUAUAACAUUAAUGGGGUGGUGUAGGUUUGUGUUUCUUAGGAGUUUUUGUUAGUUAGAGCUAUUUGGUUAGGGCAGUGGUAAUGACUAGCUAUUUGCUCUGGGACUGACCAAGAGGCGAGCCAAACUGUAGUUUUAUGUAUAUUGCUACGAUCUCGCCCACUACCACAAUGCCGGCUGUACUGUUUUCGUUGAUGCUGCUUGGAGCACUAUGCAGCCUGGGACAGGCCAUGUCGCGGGAGGAGAGGCACAGGUUGAGGAACCAAGUGGUCGAGAUGUUUGACCAUGCAUAUCAGAAUUAUAUGGACCAUGCAUACCCAGCAGAUGAGCUGAUGCCACUAACAUGCAGAGGAAGAGUUCGUGGGCUUGAACCCAGCCGUGGUGACGUGGACGAUGCGCUGGGAAAGUUCUCUUUGACCCUCAUAGACACACUGGACACUCUGGUGCUUUUGAACAAGACGACAGAGUUUGAGGCUGCAGUGAGAAGAGUGCUGUCAGAUGUGAGGCUGGACAACGACAUCGUGGUAUCGGUCUUCGAAACCAACAUACGAGUCCUUGGAGGUCUGUUGGGAGGGCACUCCAUGGCUGUGAUGCUGAAGGAGGGAGGUCAGCACAUGCAGUGGUACCAGGAUGAGCUCCUGCAUAUGGCCAAAGACCUGGGCUUCCGACUGCUGCCAGCCUUCAACACCAGCAGUGGCCUUCCUUAUCCCAGGGUGAACUUGAAGUUUGGUGUCAGGGGUCCUGAGACGAGAACAGGCACAGAAACGGACACCUGCACUGCGUGUGCGGGAACCAUCAUCCUGGAGUUUGCUGCCUUAAGUCGCUUCACUGGAGAGCCCGUGUUUGAGGCCCAUGCCCGGAGAGCUCUGGACUUUCUGUGGGAGAAGAGACAGAGAAACAGCAAUCUGGUGGGAACCACCAUCAACAUCCACUCUGGAGAGUGGGUCCGCAGGGACAGCGGAGUGGGAGCGGGAAUUGACUCGUACUAUGAAUACCUGCUAAAGGCUUACAUCCUCUUGGGAGAUGACGUGUUUCUGCAGCGGUUCAAUAUUCACUAUGCAUCUAUAAUGAAGUACAUAAGCCAGCCUCCGCUGCUGCUGGACGUCCACAUCCACAAACCUCUGCUUCCCGCUCGCACCUGGAUGGACUCUCUGCUGGCCUUCUUCCCUGGACUGCAGGUGUUGAAGGGAGACAUCCGUCCUGCCAUCGAGACUCAUGAGAUGUUGUAUCAAGUUACAAAGAAACACAACUUCCUCCCAGAGGCCUUCACCACUGAUUUCAGGGUACACUGGGCCCAACAUCCCCUGAGGCCAGAGUUUGCAGAGAGCACCUAUUUCCUUUACAAGGCCACAGGAGACCCGUAUUACCUGGAGGCCGGUCGCACCAUCCUGGACAACCUCAACCGCUUUGCUCGUGUUCCCUGCGGCUUCGCUGCAAUGAAGGACGUACGCACUGGGAGCCACGAGGACAGAAUGGACUCCUUCUUCCUCGCUGAGAUGUUCAAAUACCUGUUCCUGCUGUUUGCCGAUGCGGAAGACUUACCGUUUGACGUGGAGGACUACGUCUUCACAACCGAGGCACACCUGCUGCCUCUGUCCCUCUCCACGGGCCCUCACUCGUCGUCCAUUCCCUCAAACAGAACGUCCAAGGAGGAGCUGGACGACUCAAACUUCGACUGGACCUGCCCUAACACCCGCCUCCUGUUUCCUGACCCCGCGUACCCCCGUAACCUGAGAGAACCAAUCCGCAGCGCUGUGGACAAGAGCUGCCCCCGCCCCGCUCCUUACCGGGAGCCCGGUAUGGGUCAUCCUCCACUGAGGGCGCAGGACUUCAUGGCAAACAACCCUGAACAUCUGGAGCUGCUGAGGAGAAUGGGAGUCAGUCUCAUCCACCUGAAAGAUGGCAGGGUGCAGCUGGUCCAGCAUGCAACUCAGGCGGUGAGUGCGGUAGCAGCAGAGGACGGCGUGCGCUUCAUGCAGGAUAUGAUGGAGCUGUCCAGCCAGCAGCAGAAAGAGCAGCUGCCUCCCAGAGCCAUUCAGAUCGUCUCACAUCCAUUCUUUGGCCGGGUUGUGCUGACCGCCGGCCCAGCACAGUUUGGCAUAGACCUGUCCAAAAGUUCCACAGGGUUACGAGGCUUCGCGACUGUGGCUGAACCCUACAGUGGCUGCAGCGAGAUCACCAACGCCGAGUACGUCCGGGGCCACAUCGCUCUGCUUCAGAGGGGCCAGUGUAUGUUUGCCGAGAAGGCCCGACACAUCCAGAAGGCCGGCGCCAUCGGGGGCAUCGUCAUCGACGACAACGAGGGCAGCAGCAGCGACACGGCUCCCCUGUUCCAGAUGGCGGGAGAUGGCCGCAGCACGGAUGACAUCACCAUGCCUCUCCUCUUCCUCUUCCACAAGGAGGGCAACAUCCUGUUGGAGGCGCUGAAGGAGUACCGGGAGGUGGAGGUGCUGCUGAGUGACAAAGCAAGGGACAGAGCCACCAUAUUCAAAGGUAAACCUCUUCCUGGCAGACUGAUUGAGGGCAGUGUGGAAGUGGAGGAAGACUGCUUAACUGAGGCAACAACUCCCACCUCAUUUGAACCCAUUGGCCAAUUGCAAAUGAGCACGUUGAAGGUCGACGAACUGGCUCCUGAGCAGGUCACUCCAUCACAGCAGGAAGUCAGUCCUGUAGAGCAAGACACAAGUCCUGCAGAGGAAGUUACACCACCGGAGGAGGAAGCUAGUCCCGCAGAGGACGUCGGACCACCGGAAGAGGAAGCUACAGAGGCUGAUCUGGCUCGGCCCAAAGAGGAGAGAGACUCUGAGGACAGAGAGGAGCCCCAGGGCGACACGGACUCGAGCAGCCAGUCGGUGGAUGAACUGCUGGCUGAUUGGCGGGAAGACUUGGAGGCGUUCCAGCAGAUGGAGAAGGAUGAGCUCUGACAGUAGUCAGGCGCGUGACUGCGGUUUGAUCCCGCUGUGGGGAGACACCUGGAGGGGACGCAUCAACACAAGUCACCAGUGUCAAUCUGGUGAGCUCAAAGGGAGCUGACGGAGAUGUCUCACAUGGACUGUCUGGUCUCUUGCUCUCUGUUGAUGGCAUCACGUGCCAAGGCGGCCCACAUCCUGUAUCUCUGGACCACGAGGGAGUCCUUUCAGGCCCGGUAGUUUAGGGAUGAGAGACCGGGGUUCUUACCUCACUUUUUUGUUUUUUUUUUCUUCACUUUCGCUGUUUCAUAACAAACCUUAAUGAAUGACACGGACCAGACAGAGGUCCGUGUCCAUGUCAUUCAUUAAGUGAGAUGCUGAGUGUAACGGCAGUCUCACUCUCUACUCCAAAUUACUUCUCACACUGGUGCUCUCUCUACGCAUCUGUGACUCGCAUGAAUGCCGGUCCAACAACUAAUAAUUAAUCCAUCGACCAAUUCAUUUUAUUUUAAAAUGUGAUGAAUAUGUGUGAUGAUACAUUUACUCUCUUCGUGGUCUUUGGCCUUUAUCGUAUGUACAUGAUGCGAGUUAAAUACUUGAUUCGUGUGGGGGAGCAGUGACUGACUGAGCUGCAGGAUGGUUUUGUGGCUUAAUGGUAGAUAGACUCGACCACAAACUUGAUCUCUCUCUCUCUCUGGAGAAUAUAUAUGAAGUCAUCUGUCAAUGUAAAUAUGUAUUUGUCAAGAUAUAGUGACUGAAACAAUAUAGUGCUGCUUUGCUCAGGUUCUGGUCUCACCCCACAAACAACCAACCUCUGGACCACAUCAGGUGGAGCAGACACACCCUCGGCUGCGUGGUGGGACAAAUGACACGCAUAUAAGGCGCCACAGGAGGGCGCUAUGAGAUCUGUCUGAUCUAAGAUCUGAUGAGCCAAAAAUAAACCAAUAAAUUAACGUGAUGAAAUUAAAUAAAAAUGAAGAGGGAAAUUGGGAA